AUGAAUUCAGAAUAAUAAGACAAUAAUAAAAUUGCAAAAGCCAAUUUGGAAUAAUUUUUAAGAGUCUGGUGGCGAUAACUUUUAUUUGGUACUAAACUUGUAAUUGGAAUUUCUUGGUUGUUUGGUUUUAUUGAUUUAUUGAGCAAUUUUGCUUUUGAUUUAUUCAGUAAUUCUCCACAAUAAACAAUACCAUUUUAAAUUUAGAGAUUAUUCUUUUCACAAUUUGUUCAUUGUAAAUCUAUUUAAUAAAUAUGAUAGAUUAUACCAUUGAUUUAUUGCUUGCUAUUAUUUGUGUAUAUAAAAAAUUUGAAGAUUUAGAAUCAAAGUAUUCAUCUGCUAUUUUCAUUAUUUUAAUACUUGUAUUAGGAUGUCUCACUUAAGUAUAUAUAUUCUAUAUAAUUCAUAUAGUUUAUAUGUGUUAUACUUUAAUGGAUAUUAUCGUUUAUUUACUAACCAUUUUAUUCAAUUAAAGCGUAUGGAUUAUGGAAUUAUUAUAUUUUCUGUGUCAUUUAAGAGUAAACUAAUUUAAAUAUAUUUUAGAUGUUUGACUGCUCCAAAUGGAUAAAGUUUAUUUUUAAUAUUUCCUAUGUAAAUGAAAAAUCAUAACUAUCUUAUUGUUUUAAUUAUCUUUUUUACUCUUAUUCAAUAAUCAUUAUCAUUCAUUUCAACAGGAUUUGUAGCAAUUACAUUCUAUUUAUUUUAGAAUCAUAUCAAUUAAAUAAAUCAUUCUGUAUUAUAUUUAUUUAUUAAUAGACUAUUGAAAGAUUUGAAAAAUGUUUUUUAUUAAAGUAUUUUUCAGAGAGAACUGAUUUUAAGAAAAUUUCAAAUUAUUAAGAUUAAUUAGAACCUAGUGUUGAUGUAAGAGAACUUUAAUCUGUAGAAACACCUCCUGCAAAGUUUUUUGAUAUAAUAAAUUUUAGAUUAACAUUAUAAGGAAGUCCUUAAUAAUUUAGAUCGUCUUUAGUAAUUUCUGAAUUAUAAAAAGAAAUGAAUUAAAAAGAGGGUGAUAAUGAAUAGCCUAUUUAAGAAGAUGAUGAAGAAAAAAAGUAAAAUGAAUCAAAUCCAUCUACAUAAUUUGGAUGA